AUGGACAAUAAUAAACCGAUUGUCAGACAAAUACCGAUCGACAAAAGGAGAGGAGAGUUGUGUUCAAUGUGUUUGAGUCCCACUGCGAGUGAAUUAAUGAUAAUUGUGUCCAACAGUACUGUUUAUGUGAUACCAAUUGAGUCACUCAUUAGUCGCCAAAACGAUCACAUCUUAAGAGACGACGCGAUUGUCAUCAACACCUGUUCGCUGUCUAACCCGACGGCCAUUGUUUGGUGGCCUUCUUUGGAUCACUUCAACCAAACGGCAAUUAUAGGCAAUGAUUUCGGAGACAUUUGUUUUGUUGAUAUCAAAAGCAAACGACAGAUCGGAAGCACUUCCGUUCACGACUCCAUUAAAGAGCUCAAUAUAAUUGAUGAUAAAAGUAGUGUUAGUUUAAUAAUUAUGUGUAAAAACGAGACUCAAUAUAGGCUUGUGUUAGAAGAGACCAGAAAUAGAAGUUUACCGAAGAAUAAACUGGACUCUCAAUUGCCGGCUCACGACAGCCAUUACUUCAAUUGCUUUAUAACAGCGCCCGAAGACAGGGAACCGAUCGGUCCAAACAAUUGCUGGAACUUUAAGCCCAUUUCGAUGAAUGCGUUGAAAGAAAGCAAUAUCACUGAAAAUGAGGAGAUACUGACAACUACUCUCGUCUAUCAAAACCCUUUGAUUUUUUGCUUAUUUGAAACGAUGUCCGAAACGAAGGAGAAAUUCGGCGAAAUAAUUGUUAAACUCUUCACUAAUAAAGAAUUUGAAUACAAUUUAUCGACAUUUAGUGCCAAAUAUUUAAUGCCAAAGCAAUCAUCUCUUCCGAUAAACGAUGAUUGUGUUUUAAUGUCUCGUGAGUUUUCUGACUCCAGAAGGUUAGCGAAACUCAAUCCAUUGGUUCAGAAAUUUGCGUUCAAAGAGUCGGAACGAAGUGACGAAGUUCUGGACUCGUUUGCAAUCGUUACCACUGAUUGUCUCUAUGUUUGCCGUCAGAAACAAAAUUCAGAACGAAUGCAAUUCGCAAACAUUGCCAUCAAAUGUCUGAUCCAACAGUUACUUCAGAAACAAUCGACGGCUAGAGAACCAAUAGAUAUGACAAAAUUGAAGACUUUUCUGAAGGAAUGUCUGUAUUUCGAUGAGAGUAUAGUGUUAUGUCUUCUGGUAGAAGAGGGUCUCUUCCAUUUGGCCCAAUAUUGUGCACAAUUGAGAGCACAAAACGGUCUUUUGAUACAGUAUUUACUCAAUUCAUCGCAUUUGCGAUCGAAAGCACUCAACGAUAAUACUUACGAAAUAGUAAUGCAAUCCAUUUAUAGAGAUAUAUUUGACGAAACAAACGAAUGGACACAUUAUUUGAAUUGUUUCACUUCACCGCAAAUCACGUAUUCAUUGAUUCUACGCAAAGAACUCAUCUCAAAGUACAUGACAUUUAUGAUUAAACUGUUGCCAACUCUGGAAAUGCCAUUUCUGACGCGUCUGGCCGUUGUGUUUGAUCCGAGACGCUCUUCAACGCAGCUUCUCUUGAAUCGAGUGUUAACUCAAUUAAAGCAAACGUAUUUGAAUUACGAAUCCGAAGACUCGGAUCAGCAAAUAAUCGAGAAGAAAGAUGUGCUCAACUUUUUUAUAUUCGUUGUCCUAAUGAUAAUCAGACAAAACCGUUCAAUAAGUACUUUUGAAGACAAAUUUGUUUCAAUCGAUCCAUUCAUCAAACAAAUAGAGAAUACAAACAAAAAACCACUUCUUAUAAAAAAGGUUGGAUUGAGUUUUAUAACUGCCGGAGUCUCUCAUUCGGCAGUUAUAAGAAACGGUUGUCUGUAUUUAUGGGGAAAAUCACAGUUUGGUUGUUGUGGUCUCUUUGCGGACGAUUUUACGAAUAUUCCGAAACUGAUUCCAAACCCAAAGCGUUUGGAUCUGUUUAAAGAUGUUCUCUCUAUUUCUGUCAAAUCUGUUUCAUGCGGUGCUCAGCACUCACUAGUCUUAACUGAUUUUGGUGUCUAUGCUUUCGGGUCAUCACGUUUUGGCCAAUUAGGGCUCGGAAGUGAUGUCGUUAUGUCGAGAAAUCCCAUUAUUAUUAGCGAAUUGGUUGAUAAAGAUAUAGUUUGCGUUGAUUGCGGACAAUACCAUUCACUCGCUAUUUCUAAUAGUGGUGUGUUGUGGACGUGGGGUUGGAAUGUGUUCGGACAACUCGGACACAGACAUAUCGAUGACAUCCAUACACCACAAGUCGUACAGUAUUUUAAACAAAUGAAAAUAAUACAAGCGUUUGCUGGCUUUGGACAUACUAUCGCUCUCGAUUGCGAUGGCAUUGUAUACUCUUUUGGAAACGGAACGUACGGACAGUUAGGUCUCGGAAACUGUGAUAAAUAUAAUUUCCCUCAAAAACCAAUGGCUAUUAAUAUAUCCACACUUAGGGCCAAAAUAAUGAAAAUAUGUACCGGAAGUUUGCAUUCAUUAAUAUUGACAUCCGAUGGAAAUGUUUAUUCGUUUGGGAGGGGAUCUGAUGGACAGUUGGGUCACCCGAGCGUUAAAGAGCUUAAACUUCCCGCAAAGAUCGCAGCUAUGAAUGAAUAUAAUGUGAUAGAUAUCGCCGCCGGUAGUGACUACUCGUUAGCAAUGGAUAUAUCGGGUAAUAUUUGGGGAUUCGGUAAUAACACAGACUCACAAAUUGGCCCAAAAAAGUGUUCACAAAAUGUAAACCCUUUGGAAGAAAUCUCUAAAAAGAUUUCAUUGAAAACCAAUCGAAAAGUGCUUUCAUUUAUAUCCGGAACCAAAUGUACGGAAGAGUUGCCGAUUCGGAUCCAAUUGCCCAAAGAUGUUGACAGUUAUUGCGAUAGUCUUAACUAUAGUCUCGAUAUCCAUGCAAUGAAAACGUCGACAACAUUUACAAUAAUCGACGACAAUAUAAACGCGUUGUUUGACGAGAACUCAACAAAUAAAGACUCAAACAUUAAUACCGGCGUCCAGUUUGAUGCCAUCGACGAUGAGAUCAUUAUUUUUAAUUGCAAUCAUUUUUACGGAUUCAAUGAAUUUAAGGAAACAAUUGUUACAAAUUUUGAGAGAGAUGUCGAAGAAUUAGAAGAUAAACAGACAAAUAGCAAAGACAUCGAAGAAAUGGUUAAAUUCUAUAGGGAUUGGGAUAAAGAGUUGUGGGACUGUAUGUGUCCCGAUCCAUUGACUAUCAUAACACACCUACUCUUAAUAGCACAGGCAGUGCACACAAACUCAUACACACGCCAGGGGUUAGGAGGGUAUACAUCGGGCGUUACGGUAGACGACCCCCGAAAUCGAUUACGCUUUUUAUAA